AUGGUGCGUGGCACACCAGAUGCGCUGCUGUUACAUGUGUUGCUCUUGCAAUGGCCCAUGACCAACUGGGCGUCCUUGGCACCCCCGUGUCGCUUUUUUGACUCCACUAUUUUCUCGAAUGGCUCGAAGCCCGCACUCUACAGCUACUACAAGUGCUCCGGCCUCGAAAGCUCGGCCGACUUCCACAGACGUGUUGAGAGCGCUCUGCAUGCGCCUGGACUUUGGCUAGUGGUCAAGGAUAGCAGUCUAGACGUCUUUCAUCCAAGCUCCUUCGCUCGCGGUGACGUGUCCAUCCUGGAAGUAGACAAUGUCACAGCGACCACGCUUCCCACUCCCGAUGCAAAGGUCCACCGAUUUCCAGGACUGGAGGGCUCACUGCGCAGGCUCGUGUACCGAAGGAACAGUACCCUGCCUACGCAUUGGGGAGUGCUGGCACGCUUACUAGUACUCGAGGAACUCGAAUUCUACGAUAUGGGCAGUAUGGCUCUUGGUGCAGACUUCAACAAACUGCCGAAGAGCGUGACAACCAUCCAGGUUCGCGACUGCUCCAUCGACUUCGUGGAUAGUCUCUGGCUAUCGACGCUGAGUAACCUAGAAACGGUCAUCGUUACUAACAGUAACCUGAAGACGAUUGCCAGGACGAUGUUUCCAAGACCAGCGCGACGACUCAAGACCAUGGAUUUCUGGAGAAAUUCCUUGACUGUUCUGCCGGCGGAUAUUGGAGAAGAGUGCCCAGCCCUGCGAUUUAUAAAUGUCGCCCACAACAUGCUCACUUCCAUCGACAAGGUCACCAUGUCUUCACUGCGCAACCAAAGAACUUACGUCUACGCGGCUGGAAACCCUCUGCACUGCGACUGCGCACUUGCCUUCCUGUCUCGGUUUCCCGAAGUGGCCUCAUCGAGCCGCUGUGCCACCCCCGAGCCCCUCAAGGGACGCUACCUGAGCGACGUGCCCAGAGACCUGCUCGGCUGUGUUGAACAGCACAACGUCUCAGUUCGUGGCCCUGGACCCUGA